CGUAAGUGUCGUUUGCCGUGUGUUUGUGUAUGCGGUUAGCACAAAUCCAGCGAGAAAGAAACAGAAAACAACCAACGUUGGCUGUAUUAACUUCAAAAUAAAGUUCAGUUUAAGCUGGAGCGCGCAGUCGAGGUUGCGUCGUUUGUUCGUUCGGUUCGGUCGGUUUUCGGUCGGAUUUAGUCCUAUAUGUACGUUUCGGCUAGUUCCUAUAUGUACGCAUGAUACCAGAUCGUCAGACAGCAGAUCAAAAAAAAAGAUUCAUGAGUACGACAACAGGAAAGGGACACGUCGCAAAAGGACUCUUCGGGAGAAUUAAACUACCUUAAUACUAGUAGCUAAAUAUUAGUUAAAUAUGUCAAAUCAAGGUUCCAGCCGAGGAACCAUCGGGCUAGUUGGAUUUACGCCACAGAACAGCACAGAUCAAUGGUCCUCGGACUUGGAGGGCAACAAGAUGGGCCCGGGACCAGGCUUAUCCUGCUGUGGUGGAGGAGGCCUAAUAAAAUCCAUCGGAGAACCAGCGUACCGAAAGAUUGGACGGCGAAAGAUACUUCAAAUCGACGUUCAUGACCCUGCAACGACGGCAAAAGCAACGGCAAAACUCAAUAGAAUCUAUUUAUGUACAUUUAACCGAAUGGCACAGAGCUGUAUAUAUUUUGUAUUAUUUUUAGUAAUCCUAAGCCCAAAUACUAGUUGUGCUCUACGGAGUAGUGAGGGUGAGACUCAGAAUUAUGCCGGAAUACUCAGCAACAGUAGUAGAACAACAACAACAAGCCCAUCAUUUCAUAAUGAUGAUGAUGAUGCCCACAGCUACAGCUCCUCCAAGGUCGAUUCCGCCGGCCUGGGAGGUGAAAGAGCGGGUCAAGCACAGGCCAUUAGUGGUGGCAAAUACGAUAAUAACUAUGAAAAUACUCACACAAAUGAUGCCAGUGCGAGAGUUGAGGAGGUUUAUAAACAGCAAAUGUCGAAUAGCCUCGACUUCGACGGGGUCGAUAUGUUUGGCGCCUUUAGUAUUCCUGAAGAGGCGAUAUACACGAACGAGUUCGCUGUUAAUAUUCCAGCUGGCAAGCAUGUGGCAGAUGUCAUAGCCACCAAACAUGGAUUUAUCAACAAGGGACAGAUUGGAUCUCUGGACAACUUCUACCUGUUCCAGCAUCAUCAUGUGUCGAAGCGUUCACUGCGCUCCAGUCGCAAGCAUCAGGGAGCCCUUAGAUCAGAGAACGAGGUGAAAUGGAUGCAGCAGCAGCACGAAAAGGUGCGCCGGAAGCGGGACGGACCCUAUCAGGACUUACCUACCUACAGUCCGUAUAAUCUUUUACGCCAAUCCGGCGGCUACGUUGUCGAUCAGAAUCCGCAUCUUUCAUUCUCCCCAGAGUCAAUUUCGUUAGCAUCGCACUCACCGCGAAUGGAGUACCGGGACGUUAGCUCGCAUUUUAUCUUUCCGGAUCCGUUGUUUAAGGAACAGUGGUAUCUGGUGAGUAAAAAUGGCGGUGCAAAGGAUGGCUUGGACAUGAACGUGGGUCCAGCGUGGCAGAAGGGUUACACGGGCAAGGGCGUGGUUGUGUCCAUUUUGGACGACGGCAUUCAAACAAACCACCCGGAUUUGGCCCAGAAUUAUGAUCCGGAUGCCUCAUUCGACAUAAAUGGCAACGAUUCGGAUCCCACGCCCCAGGACAAUGGAGACAACAAACACGGGACCAGAUGUGCCGGAGAAGUCGCCGCGGUGGCCUUCAACAAUUACUGCGGCGUGGGUGUGGCCUACAAUGCCAGCAUUGGUGGAGUCCGUAUGUUGGACGGAAAGGUGAAUGAUGUGGUGGAGGCUCAGGCAUUGAGCCUUAAUCCCGCACACAUUGAUAUAUACAGCGCCUCCUGGGGGCCCGAAGAUGACGGCUCCACUGUCGAUGGUCCCGGUCCGUUGGCUCGCCGGGCUUUCAUCUAUGGCGUGACGAGCGGGCGACAGGGAAAGGGAUCGAUUUUCGUAUGGGCCUCGGGCAAUGGCGGGCGCUAUACGGACUCCUGCAACUGCGAUGGCUACACCAAUUCGAUAUUUACCCUAUCCAUAUCGAGUGCAACUCAAGCAGGCUUUAAGCCCUGGUAUCUGGAGGAGUGCUCAUCCACGCUGGCCACCACCUACAGCUCCGGGACGCCGGGGCAUGACAAGAGCGUGGCCACCGUUGACAUGGACGGCCGCCUGAGGCCAGACCACAUAUGCACCGUGGAGCACACGGGCACAUCGGCAUCCGCGCCACUGGCAGCGGGGAUUUGCGCCCUGGCGCUGGAGGCCAAUCCGGAACUGACUUGGCGGGACAUGCAGUACUUGGUCGUUUACACUUCAAGGCCGGCGCCACUGGAGAAGGAGGGCGGAUGGACGCUGAACGGUGUGAAGCGAAAGUACAGCCACAAGUUCGGCUACGGACUGAUGGAUGCCGGUGCCAUGGUGUCGCUGGCGGAGCAAUGGUCAUCGGUGCCGCCGCAGCACAUCUGCAAGUCGCGGGAAAACAAUGAGGACCGCAAGAUAGAUGGCACUUAUGGCUAUACGCUGUCCACGCACAUGGACGUAAAUGGGUGUGCCGGCACCAUCAACGAGGUGCGCUACCUAGAGCAUGUGCAGUGUCGCAUAACGCUGCGCUUCUUCCCGCGGGGCAACCUGCGCAUCCUGCUCACCUCGCCGAUGGGCACCACCAGCACCCUGCUGUUCGAACGGCCGCGUGACAUUGUCAAAUCCAACUUCGACGACUGGCCCUUCCUGAGCGUUCACUUUUGGGGCGAGAAGGCCGAGGGCCGCUGGACCCUGCAGGUCAUCAACGGGGGUCGGCGGCGCGUCAAUCAACCGGGCAUCCUCUCCAAGUGGCAGCUCAUCUUCUAUGGCACCUCCCACCAGCCGAUGCGGCUCAAGUCGGAGCUGCUUAACACCAGUCCCCAGCUGCGCAGCCCCAUCGGCUCCAAUCCCUUUCUCAUCCCGUCGGCCUCGAAUAUUGGCCAGCCCGCUAACGAGGGUGGAAACUUCAAUACGGACAGUUUUGCCAGCUACCUAAAUUAUCAGAACAUUUUUAGCAGCGCCGGCUCCAAUCCGGAGCCAGCAACAGCCACUCUCGACGGUCAGAAUGUGACCACUUCCGUAGUGGCGUCCGCUGAAUCCGUUGGCGGUUUUACCGCCUCCGCUGCCCAACUGAUGGCAGCACCGGAUGAGAGGGAUGGGGACAAGAAGAUACUGCACUCUUGCGAUGCCGAGUGCGACUCCUCGGGUUGCUAUGGCCGUGGACCCACCCAGUGCGUGGCCUGCAGUCACUAUCGCCUGGACAAUACUUGCGUAAGUCGCUGCCCUCCGCGUUCCUUCCCCAACCAGGUGGGAAUCUGCUGGCCCUGCCACGACACAUGCGAAACGUGCGCCGGCGCCGGACCCGACAGCUGUCUUACCUGUGCCCCGGCCCACCUGCACGUCAUUGAUCUCGCCGUCUGCCUGCAAUUUUGCCCGGAUGGAUAUUUUGAAAAUAGCAGGAAUAGAACCUGUGUUCCCUGCGAGCCCAACUGUGCCUCGUGCCAGGACCAUCCCGAGUUUUGCACCAGCUGUGACCACCACUUGGUCAUGCAUGAAAACAAAUGCUACUCGGCCUGUCCUUUGGACACGUAUGAAACGGAGGAUAACAAAUGUGCAUUCUGCCACUCGACUUGCGCCACCUGCAAUGGCCCCACGGACCAGAACUGCAUCACGUGCCGCUCGAGUCGAUAUGCCUGGCAAAACAAAUGCCUUAUUAGCUGUCCGGACGGAUUUUAUGCCGACAAAAAACGGCUGGAGUGCAUGCCCUGCCAGGAGGGAUGUAAGACCUGCACCAGCAACGGAUUCUGCUCCGAGUGCCUUCAAAACUGGACGCUGAACAAGAGUGACAAGUGCAUCGUGGCCGGCAGCGAAGUCUGCAGUGAAUCUGAGUUCUUUAGCCGAACUGAGGGGCAGUGCAGCCCAUGCCACGCAUCCUGCGGCAGCUGCAACGGACCGGCGGAGACGAACUGCAUGUCCUGUGCCCCGAGUCGACUGCUGGAGCAGAGUCGCUGUGUGAACGGCUGUCGGGAGGGCUUCUUUAUGGAAGCUGGCUCCGUUUGUUCACCAUGUCUGCACACAUGCAGCCAGUGCGUCUCGCGGACGAACUGCAGCAAUUGUUCGAAGGGUCUGGAGCUGCAAAACGGCGAGUGCCGUACCACCUGUGCCGAUGGUUAUUACAGUGACCGUGGCGUCUGCGCCAAGUGCUACUUGAGCUGCCACACCUGCAGCGGUCCGAGGCGGAACCAGUGCGUCCAGUGCCCGGCUGGAUGGCAGCUGGCCGCCGGUGAAUGCCAUCCCGAGUGCCCCGAGGGCUUCUACAAGUCGGACUUUGGAUGUCAGAAGUGUCAUCAUUACUGCAAGACGUGCAAUGAUGCUGGUCCAUUGGCGUGCUCCUCGUGCCCGCCGCACUCGAUGCUCGACGGCGGCCUGUGCAUGGAGUGCUUGAGCUCACAGUAUUAUGACACCACAACGGCCACCUGCAAGACCUGUCACGACUCGUGCCGCUCCUGCUUUGGUCCCGGCCAGUUCUCCUGCAAGGCCUGCGCUGCGCCACUUCACCUGGAUCAGCUGAACAGCCAGUGUGUGCCGUGCUGCCAGAACCAGACGCUUGCCGAAAAGACCGCCUCAGCGCCAUGUUGUAAUUGCGAUGGAGAAACUGGCGAGUGCAAGGCUACCUCUACGGGCGGCAAACGGCGGACGGUUAUCGGCAGUGGAAGUGCCUACAAAAGCGGUGAACCUGAGCGCGGAUCCUUUAAGAGUGAUGGCAAUAGCAGAGAGUUUGUCCUGCGACUAGACUCACCUUUAACGGCCAUCACAGCUAUUGCUGUGGCCAUCUGCCUCUUGAUCAUAACGAUAUUCUCUAUCAUCUUUGCUGUUUUACAGCGUAAUAGCAACCAUGUAUCCAGAAAUUCAGUGCGGUAUAGGAAAAUAGCGAACACAUCAUCGGGCAGGCGAAAGAACAUGUCCGCGAAGCCCACCAGCGAUGCAAGAUUCAUUUUUAACAUUGGCGAGGACGAAGAUACAGAUGGUGAUAAUUCCGAGGAUGAAUUGGACGGUAACGUGGGCACAGAUAUAAACAGGAUAGUCUACGACGGCAAAGGCACGGAUCAUGGACACGAAUUUUACAUUGAGAGUACAAAUGAUAUUGAUGCGAUCGAGUUUCACUGCAAAGGAGCGCAGAAAGCAGAGUCCCAACCUCGAAGGUGCAAUGAGAACGGUGAUGAUGAUAUUCAUGCGACAGCGGACAGAAGUCUGUAUUCGUCAACAACGAGCCGUACAAACAUCCGUAGCUGAUUGAUUGAUCAAUGGACAACGCAACAGCGAACAUAAAAUUGUACCAACAAGAACUUUGAUCUUGGCUUUCUUGCUCUGGACUAGUAAAUUGUAACCUUGCUUUGAGGAAUAUAGCAAAUCGAAAUAUUUAACAUCUGAAAAUGAUAAAAAUUUAUAUGUGAUUGUGAAUUGUUUUUAUAUAUAUAU